AUGAAGCCCAACCCAGCUGGGAAAGAGGUGUUGGGUUUAUAUCCAUUGAAGGGCAAGGUGGGGAGUUCGACUCUCAUUGGUAGCCACUCAUGGGGAAUUUUCCUUUGGAAUCCCAUUAAAAAGGGUGAUGGUUUGCCAUUUCCUAUUCAAGUUACUGACAUCCAAUCAUCGUUUCAGAAUAUGGUAGGCGUUCAAGCGAGUCUUCCUUGUACCUGGGCUUUAGGAGGUCAAGAUCAUGUUAUGAAAGUAGGAUGCCGUAUCUUUCCAAUUCCAUGCUUCAGUGAUUCAGGUAAACGUUGGCAUCCUAUUGUUUGUUCUAGUAAAAUGGAUGAUGAUGCAGAUACAAAUGAUUCUGAUGAUGAUAUAAAUGAGGACAAAUCUUCAGAAUCAGUUAACAAUGAAAUUCUGAGAGAAAAUCUAGAAAGAAUUAUUGGUGUAGAUGAUUCUGCUUUUUCUGGGAUUGAUCUUGCAACACUUAUUAGGAAAAAAUACGGACGAUCAUAUGAUGUUCAGCUUAUAAAGAAGGAAUUCAUGGGUAAAAAUCUCCUUGCAUUGAAUGUCAUGUGGAAGUACAUGGAACAGAGAUCUUUUCCUCUGACUGAAGAAGAGUACUUGUUGAGGCUUGAUGACGUGGCGAAUACGUUGAAAUGUUGGGGAGCUGUUUCUCAUAUUCGAAACAGUUUGGAAAAAUUGAAAGAGCGACCUCGGAUUGGAAAGGCAGUCAGCAUCUUUAUAGACAUGGAUGAGAGUGGAGGGCGCACAAAUGAAUGGAUUUACAAGUAGGUAAGAAUGUGAAUAUGAUCAAAUCUUGUGGUGUAAUGACAGGGGCAUAAAAGUAAUUAAGGAAUGUUGGUUGUAUAUUUACUUACCUCUAAAUCUUUCAAGAUUUUAAAAUGAAGGUAAGAAGCAAUAGAAAUGUUGCCUUGUAAUGUGAUUCUGUCAUAUUCUUUGUAAUUAAACUAGAAAUAUGUCGGUUCAUACAAUAUUUUUGGGUAAAUUAUUUUUACCAAUAUAGGCAAUGUAUUUUAAUUAUUUACCAACAAUAGCAACCAAGUUAUACUCUUUUUUUUCAAUAUUGACAAAUAUAUAACAUGUUUAAUCGGUGAUGUUAUUUUUAAUACAUUUGUAGAUGACAAUCAUGAGAGAUUGCUUAUGAAGUGACACUUGAACAUUUAUUGUUAUAUUACUUACAUAAAUUAUAUGCUCCACAUUUUGAUGUACUGUUUAAAUUUUAACAAGGUUCUCA